GCAAGUCGCGGAGCAACAAACUGCGCCCGACGCAUCGCACCUUCCCUUAUUAUCAGGAGCUCAUAGCUGCCUGCCCACGACCACGAUGGACGAGCCUGUUCCACAAGCGGGCGCCAGCCCCGAUACACUGCCUCCUGCAGCGAACCGCCCACCUGCACCGGCCCGGAAGCGGAGUUCGUCUGGCGCGGGGGGUCUGCUGUCCAAGUUGCCCUUCGUGCGGUCCACAGGCGAGCAUCGCCCGCGAUCUCGUCGAAACACAAUUGACGCCGACCCGGCCGGCCCGCCACCAUCGCUGCCGACGCCUAUCCUCGUCACCAUCCCUGCCGAGGCAUCUGAACCUCGCGCCGCUGCAGUCGACACCGCGCCGUCGCUGUCCUCGGAUAUCCACCACCGUCAGCCAUUGCAGCCGCCACAGCAACAAAAACCUCGUCGACGCAGAGGGUCGUUACGGAAAGUCGCACUGCUUGGCCGAGGCGCCCAACGUGAGCGGCGCGAAGGGCGUGCUUUGAGCAUCGACACACAACUUGGGGCGAACGGGGCCAACGGACGGCCGGUCGGGACCAAAGCCACAGCGCAAGCAGGGGGAGUCACAUCAAGUCCCGUACCCAUUGACGGAAGGCCCAGAGCGAUGGCGAUGCCUGGAGACAGCGACAGCGACGUGUCGUCGCUUGGCUUGGGCAUAUCAGACCUGACCCCGCGUCCCAGCAUGGAGGGGUACAACGCGGUCCGGUCCGAGCCCCCUGCCCGAGACCCUACGACGCCCACGGCAACCCUGGCCACCACACCGGGCCCCCGCAGACCCACGGCGGACUCGAGCCCGAGCAUAAGCUACAGCACCACCGACGACGAAGACGCACUGCACAUGCCCCGACCCAACGGGCCCCACCCUUUCCCGCGCCCUGCCAAUCCCUCCUUCUCUCUCUCCUCCUCCUCCGACAGCCUCCUCCGCCCCGAACGCGCCUCCCUCUCCUCCGGCUCCGAAUCCUACUACCCCUCCCGCCCGCCGCCUCACCCUACCACCACCAGCGCAGCCAGCACCCUCCCCUCCGCCGUCCAACGCCGGCGUAUCGCCGCCACCACUACCACCACCACCAACGCCACCUCAACCUCCACCUCCCCGACCCCCCACACCGCCAGCGCCACCACCAGCAGCAGCAUCAACACCCGCCCGCGCGCCAGAUCCCCGCUGGCGCUCACCUCGCUCGCCGCGAGCCCGCUCCCGCCGGCCGCCCAGCCCGACCCGGACUGGGACUACGCCGAGACGGCCUGGUGGGGCUGGCUGAUCCUGGCGGCGACCUGGGCCGUCUUCGUCGUCGGCAUGGGCUCGUGCCUCGGCGUGUGGAGCUGGGCCUGGGACGUCGGCACGACCCCCUACGCGCCGCCCGAGCUCGAGGACGACCCGACCCUGCCCAUCGUCGGCUACUACCCGGCCCUGACCAUCCUCACGGGCGUCAUGGCCUGGGUGUGGGUCGUCGUCGCCUGGGUCGGCAUGAAGUACUUCCGGCAUGCGCAGGUUAGUGGGGAUUGAGGAUUUGGGGUUGGGUUGGUGGUGGUGUGGUGGUGUUCGCGUGUUUAAUCUAAGGGGGGGAGUGGACGUUUGUGCUUUGCGGCUUGCUUUGCCUGGCUUCGGUCUGCAUUCAUGCAUGGAUAUAUACCCAUUAGAUGGCGGAUUAGAGAUGCUUGUUUGGCUUGCAUGUUAUAGGUUUUCAUCUAAUCUCAAUCACUGACGACCCGGAAUGUUCAAGAAUAUCAAAGGCCGGCGUGAAUGCGCGGACAGACAAGGCUGAGCAAAUCAAGUACCGCCCGGAUCGAAGCGACCCUCUCCGUCGGUCGGCUCGAGCCU